UGAAGAUGUUGAUUGGUUUUCCACGCGGACGCAGGUUCGCUGCCGAUUCCGUAUGGAAAAUGGGAAUCAUUUUUUGCGAGGUAUUCAUCCCUAGUCACGAUUUUGUUUAUAAGAACGUCUCACGAUUUUGCUUUCAGGUUAUAUUCUCAGAACAUCUAAACAAACACCCUGGGUACGAAUUUUACUUCCAACAACCAGGUUUACUUCCAACCACUUGGAGAAGUUUGUACACAACUAUGAGGGCAUAAACCUUAAAGCUGGUCUAAGAUCAUAAAGAAUGAUCCUGAUUUCUCUUUGUAACAUUACCAACUUGAACUUGCUUACCUUGACCUAUCUCAAAAGCUUUCCCUCAGGUUCUGCUACAUAUUUCUGCCCGUGAGCAGGCGCAUCAUGCUGCGGAUAUGGAAGGACUUCGCACUGUGUCUGUGGAUGCGAGAGUCCCAUCUUUUACUGCAUCGGAGGAUCCCAC